AUGUGUUUGGAAGAGAAGAAUAUGUGUUUGGAAGAGAAGAAUAUGUGCUUGGGAGAGAAGAAUAUCUUCAUGGGAGAGUGCGAAUAUGUGCUUGAAAGAGAAGAAUGUGUGCUUUUGAUUGAGGAAUAUGUGAUGGAAGAGAAGAAUAUGUGCUUGGAAGACAGAAAUAUGUUCUUAGCAUUGAGGAAUAUGUGCUUGGAGGAAAUGUAUUUAUGCUUGGAAGAGAGGAAGAUGUGCUUGGAAGAGAAAAAUAUGUGCUUGGAAGAGAAGAAUAUAUGCGUGGAAGAGAAAAAUAUGUGCUUGGAAGAGAAGAAUAUAUGCUUGGAAGAGAAAAAUAUGUGCUUGGAAGAGAAAAAUAUGUGCUUGGAAGAGAAGAAUAUAUGCGUGGAAGAGAAAAAUAUGUGCUUGGAAGAGAAGAAUAUAUGCUUGGAAGAGAAAAAUAUGUGCUUGGAAGAGAAGAAUAUAUGCGUGGAAGAGAAAAAUAUGUGCUUGGAAGAGAAGAAUAUAUGCUUGGAAGAGAAAAAUAUGUGCUUGGAAGAGAAGAAUAUAUGCGUGGAAGAGAAAAAUAUGUGCUUGGAAGAGAAGAAUAUGUGCUUGGAAGAGAAGAAUAUGUGCUUGGAAGAGAAGAAUAUGUGCUUGGAAGAGAAGAAUAUGUGUUUGGAAGAGAAGAAUAUGUGCUUGGAAGAGAAGAAUAUAUGCUUGGAAGAGAAAAAUAUGUGCUUGGAAGAGAAGAAUAUAUGCGUGGAAGAGAAAAAUAUGUGCUUGGAAGAGAAGAAUAUAAGAAUGUGUUUAGAAGAGAGGAAUAUGUGCUUGGAAGAGAAGAAUAUGUGCUUGGAAGAGAAGAAUAUGUGCUUGGAAGAGAAGAAUAUAUGCUUGGAAGAGAAGAAUAUGUGUUUGGAAGAGAAGAAUAUAUGCUUGGAAGAGAAGAAUAUAUGCUUGGAAGAAAAGAAUAUGUGUUUGGAAGUGAAGAAUAUGUGCUUGGAAGAGAAGAAUAUAUACUUGGAAGAGAAGAAUAUAUGCUUGAAAGAGCAGAAUAUGUGCUUGGGAGAGAGAAAUAUGUUCCUUGAAGAAAAUAAAUAUGUGCUUGAAAGAGAGGAAUAUGUGCUUGAAAGAUAA